UCCAGCCCCGGCCCAGACCACCGCGCUAGGUUGGGACGCAGUGUCUCCCGCGCCCAGGACUCGUGCUGCUGCCCAUGCCCCUCGCUCGGUGCCUGGGCGCCCCGCGGUCCGUGGGGCUGGCAGGGAACAUGGCUUCUUCCCGCCGCUCCCGGGGCCGUGACUGGGCGGGAGGCCUGGGACGCGGGGAGGUGCCCUCGGGGAGGCCUGUCACGUCCGACCUCGCCCACCCCGUGGCGCUGGGUGCACAGGUGCCCACGAGGGUGAGCAGCGGGCUGGGCGGGUCUCCCCCGAGGGCAGCGCAGACCCGAGCAGCCUGCUCCCAGCCGCCCUGACGCACCAGCUUCCUCCACGAGCUCCGCGGUCUGACUUCACGGGACGGGACGGGACGGGCCUGAAAACGCGGCCCGCGCGCCACGGACCCACCGCACCGGGGCCGCACCUCCAGCACCGCGCGGGGCGCGCGCCGCCGUCUCCCAGGCUCGCCUCCCCCCGCGGUCACUUCCGAGAGGAGAGGCGUCCUCGCUGCCCGUCUCACACGGGGCGAGGCCCUGCGCCCCGGUCCGGGGGAGCGGCCCCUGCCCAGGAACGGGCGUGCGCACCCGCGAGCAGAAACGCCGAGGAGGCCCCUCCACCCGGCAGAGGCCCCAGCGCGUACGGCCCGGCCCGGCCCGGCCCGGCCCCGGCAGCGUCGCCGCUCUCCGCGCCCACUGCCCAGCCCAGCGCAGGCCGCCGCCGCCAGGCCGGGCAGCGGGAACGGCUCCGAAAGAGAAGCAGACCGAGCGCGCGAAGCUAAAACCCUGCGAACCCCAAACUCACACCCACACCCUCCCCACGAAGACCGGAGCGGGGAAGGAGCGGGAGGCGCGGGCCCGAGAGGGGACGCUCGGGCGGCAGGGACCCGCCGGGCUGCCCGGCCGUCGCCCGGGGUCGCGGGGCCACGGGGAGCCUGAGCGCCGGUAGCAGGGAUGGCGCCCGCCCGGCCCGGGCCCAGGCCACCCGCCCGCAGCCCCGCUCCGACCCGCACCGGUUCACCCCGUGGGCGCCGGUCUCAGGAGAGGCCCCGAGGGCGAGGCUCCGUCCCGGGUCCCCGGCGGCCCCCGGCGCUCCCGCUUCCUCCUCCUUCCUCCCCUUUUGUGAGCGCCCGGCCCGCUCGGCGGCGGCCCCCGCGUCCCCGGCCUCAGCCUCACCUGAGCCCCGCGUCCCCACCGCCCCGGCCUCCCCGGGCCCCCGGUCUCCUCACGUCCCCGGCCUCCCAUGUCCCCAGGCCCCGGGCGCGCGGGCAGGCAGCGCGGGAGGAGCUGGCCUCCGUCGCAUCCGCCUCCGGGACUGAUCUGUCCGGCCCCGCUCGGCCCUCCGCCCUCGGGCCGCGGCCCUGCCAACCACCAGCCCCGGGAGUGGCCCGCCCGCGCCCCGGCCCGGCCCCGCACUCACUCGGACCGCGCUCGGCGCGGGGAGGCGAAGACCGACGACAACGGGGCGGCGCCGCGGGCGGACUGGCCGCGCUCCCUCCCACGCCUCACGCCGCGGGCGCUCAGCGGUCCCGGCCCGGCGGCGGCGGCGGCGGCGGCGGCGGGCUCGCGCCCUCGGGGCCGUGCUGCGCGUGCGCGGCAGCUAGCGGAGGCGCGCGCUCCCCGCUCCGCUACGCGUGUCCGCGUCCCGCGCUUCCGCCUCCUGCAGGACCGGGCCUGCGCGCCGCGGGAAGCGCAUGCGCAGGGCGCCGCCGGCUCCGCUCCGAGGUCGCGCGGGGGACGCCGGGCCGGGGCUUGGAGGGCCCGGGGCCGGUGGGCGGGGCUGCGGCCGGGGAAGCCCUGCCCGGGGCGGGUGGGGCGCCGGCCUGCCGGACCUCCCGGGCCGUCGUGCGGGGGCUCUGGGCCGCCGUGGGGGACACUUCCCCGUCCCCAAACCGCAGACGCGGCGGCUCUGGACGCCCUGGUCGGCGACCCAGCAGUUCCGCCCCAGAGUCGGAACCGCCCGCGUCGGGGUCGCUGUGGACCGGGUCCGUGACCUGUCCAGGCUUCCCGCCCACCUUAAGGAGUUCGGUGCCCGGGCCCCUUUGCAGAUGGGGAAGCCGAGGCUCGGGCUGUGUCAGCGGCGUCGUGGCUGGUGCUGGCCUCGCUGAGACUGGGUCUUGGGAAAUGGCCUGCAGGGGCCGUGUGAGUCGGGUGGGCAGCUGCGGCACCGUGUGGGCGAGGUGCUCUGGGCCUGAGCCCGGGGAGGAGGGUUCCGGGACCCGGGCCUCACCGGGCAGAGGGCGCUGAGGGCGAGCUGAUGGGCUAGGACUGGGUGUCCGAGUGGCAGGGGGUGCAAAGCGCCCAUGGCGGGGCCUGGUAGUCAGCUCGGGUGCCUGGCCUUUGUUCUCGAGCGGGGACCUUCGGAAGGGCCGACACCGAAAGUGAUAGCUGAUUUGUGUUCUUAAAAAAAAAAUCACUGGCAACUGCGGUAGGAAGUGAAAGCACCUUUCGUUUUGAUGGUGUCGCUUUAAUCCUCACCGCAAGCCAGGAGGCAGGAGGCAACCCCCCCCCCCCCCCCCCAGGUGAGCUCCCUGCAGCUGAGCUCCCUGCAGCUGGCGGAGCUGACGGUCCGCUCUCAGAAGCUGUCGUUUGGUUCUCAUUCCAACAGAAUCGGGUGGAAUAAAAUGCUUUUGCUUAGCAAGACCUUUUCCAUAUUCAGUGUUUUCUUUUCAUAUUGUCCCUUGAUGGAAUGUAUUGUGGUUGUUUGUUGUGUGUUUCUUUCCACUCCAUUUAAACUUGUAAGGAGUUCUCUCCCUCUCCCCCCCCCCCCUCUCUCCCCCAGCCCAGGACCUUUGCACCGCUGUUGCUCUGCCUGGACCUCCUCCUCCCCUCACCUCCUUCAGGCCUGCAGAUGGCAUCCUAUGGGAUGUAACUGACCCCUGUGCACUCCGCACCCCUCGCUCUAGCACCUGUGGUUCAGGCCUCACAGUAGGUACUUGUUUAUUUCUUGAUGGUCCGCUCCCUCAACUAGAAUAUCGGAGUCAUUAGAGCAGCGACUUUGUUUUGUUCUCUUCUGGGUCCCUGGCACAUAAUUAACUACUUGUUGAGUGACUGAAUGAAGCCUUGGGUGAUGUGAAGUGAGAAAGUAUUAUUUAAAGUCAACGGAAGGAAUGGGAGUGGGGAGGGGAGUGAAGGGACAAAAGGGAUUACAGUAAAGGGAUGUCUUUGGGGGGAGGGGUUGCUUAGUGUGGUAGACUAAACACAGCCACCAAGUCUUUGACAUUGCUCCCUGCAAGAGGUGGGAUCUAGCUUCACCCCUUGAAUCUGGACAGAUGUUGUAACUCACGUUGACCGAUAAAAUGUGUAACAGUGACGUCGGACUUCCGAGCCAAGGCCUCCAGAGGCCAGCCCCAGCGAGCCUAGGGAGGCCCCAUGGAAGAGAACUGAAGCGCGCUCCCCCCACCCCCGCCUCUCACCCCUCCACACACAAGCGGCCAGACUCCAGACGUGUGAGUGAGGCUGCCCUAGACCCCACCUCAGUUUAGCCAACUGCAGAGAAUCAUGAGCAAAUGAAAACGGGGUGGGGGUAAUUUUUGUUUUAUUUCUUGAUUGUAGAGAGAGGAAGGGAGAAAGCGAGAAGCAUCAGCCUGAUGUUCCACUUACCAGUAUUUACGCAUCAAUGGUUGCUUCCUGUCUGUGCCCUGACGGGAUCGAACCUGCAACCUUGGCGCAUUGGGACGACGCUCCAACCAGCUGAGCUGCCCGGCCAGGGCAAAACUUGUGGUCUUAAGCUUCUGUGUUUUGCGGCAGUUUGUUACACAGCCAUAGAUAACUGACACAUUCCAUUUCCUCGCCUCCGCCGGCCUUGGUGCAUUAGAAAUUGAUCUUCUUGACAGGCAGCUUCGAUUAUUCUGCUUAACAAAGAAAAUGGGGGAAGGCAGGAGGAAGAAUCGAUGCGCAUGAGAAGGACAGGCAGAAAGGCAACAGACAACCUGGGAAGCAGUGAGUGGCUGGUUGUCUAACGGACCCUCGUUAGCCCUGUGUCCUGUGGUGCCCAGAAGCUGCGGAUGACUGGUGGCGCGAACCCAGGUCAGGUUCAGCCGUCCGCAGUUCACCAGCCCCUGACGGUGGGCAGGCUGCACAGCGUCUCUGAACCUCAUUCCUCGUCUGCAAAGGACCUACAUGACAUUGGGUGGCUGUAGGACGGAGUGAGCCCUGCCGUAAGACACUCAGCAGUGUGCGUGGCAUAACACGUGUUAUUGAUUAGCUAUCGCAUUACCGUAUGGAUCACUACUCACCUUGACUGUCACGGCUCCCCAGAGCGUAGCGUUAGCAAAGGCCGAUGUCAACGGAAAUGUAUUUAGAAAGCACAUCUGUGGCUCGGAGGAGACAGAAGCGAGGAGGCGGAGAGCGGGUGCUGGCUGGGUGCUCGGUAAGAGGGCCCGCUGUGGGAACUCACUGGCGUUUCUCAUGAGGAGGCCGGAGGGAUGGUUCUUGGGGAGCGCCGUCAUCGCUCAUCGUAUCAAUAGCGCACACUGUCAUCGCGACCUAAGGCUGCUGAGUGCUCACUGGCUGAGCUUGUGCGGGUCCGGUUCCCCCCGGGAAGCUGCUCGCCCACACUCGCUGCCAGACUGAGUGCUGCGGAAGGGGUCUCCGUGUGCGGCCCCCACUAGAGAGCGUGGAAGUAUCUGUGUAGGUUAUUUGGGUUCUUCCGUGUGGGAGACCUCUCCCCCCCCAUGUGUUCAGUCACUCUGUUUAUAUCAGCAUGGACGCACGGAUAUAUAUAUAUUUUGUACUUUGGGUUAUAAUCGUCACCACUUUAUUUUGCUGCUCUUUCUCUGGACGUUGUUAACGUCCAAAACGCCAUCAAGCCUGACAUCCUCCAGCCAGAACCAGGCAGUGUCCGCACAGGUAGGGCUGCCUCGGGGCAGAGAGUCAGCCCUGGCCACACACCCGCUGGGCAGCGGGCGGGAGAGAUUGACGGGUCCGGUUACAGAGCCUGAACGCACCUCGCAGGUCUGUAACGUUCGUUCCCUCAUUCAAACCACUCGUGCCGCACCCCGGGGAUGUGCCGCGCCCCGGGGAUGUGCCGCACGGCAUGCUAAGCACCAGCUUGCUUCGUUCUGGUGGGAGCAGCGGGUAAACAGGGAAUCAGGACUCAGCCAGCGAGCUGCGCUGCGCUGCUGCAGAGGUGAUGUUGGCGCUGCGUCUUUUUGUUGUUGUUGAUCCUCACUCA